AUGACCCCAACUGAGAACCAUACAGAGGUGACGGAGUUCAUUCUUGUGGGGUUCACCAAUGAUCCAGAAACGCAGAUCCUGCUCUUCAUAACUUUUUUCCUCAUCUACCUCAUCAGUCUGGUUGGGAACCUGGGGAUGAUCCUGCUGAUCAUGUUGGACUCUCGUCUCCACACUCCCAUGUACUUUUUCCUCAGCAACCUCUCUCUGGCUGACUUUGGUUACUCCUCAGCUGUCACGCCCAAGGUCAUGGCAGGGCUUCUCACAGGAGACAACGUCAUCUCCUAUAAUCAUUGUGCCGCUCAAUUCUUCUUUUUCGUAGCUUUUGCUGUUACUGAAAGCAACCUUUUGGCUGUCAUGGCUUAUGAUCGGUAUGCAGCAGUGUGCAAACCCCUUCAUUACACCACCACUGUGACAACUGUGUGUGCAUGUCUGGGCAUAGGCUCCUAUGUUUUGGGUUUCCUGGAUGCUUCCAUCCACACUGGGAACAUUUUCAGGCUCUCCUUCUGUCGGUCCAAUGUGAUUGAUCACUUUUUCUGCGAUGCUCCUCCCCUUCUGGCUAUCUCAUGUUCUGACAGAUACAUCACUGAACUAGUUAUUUUUUUAGUGGUAGCUUUCAAUUCCUUCUUCUCUGUCAUGGUAAUAUUGACUUCAUAUUUAUUUAUAUUUACUACCAUCCUGAGGAUCCACUCCUCUGAAGGACGCCAGAAGGCUUUCUCCACCUGUUCGUCCCACCUCACUGCAGUCUCUCUUCUCUAUGGGAUAAUCACCUUCAUGUACCUACAGCCCAGCUCUAGUCACUCCGUGGACACAGACAAAACGGCGUCUGUGUUCUAUGUCAUUGUCAUCCCCAUGCUGAACCCCCUAGUCUACAGCUUGAGGAAUAAAGAGGUCAAGAGUGCCUUUCUAAAAGUUAUUGGGAAGGCAAAAUCUCUUAAAGGAAUCAUAAUUUAA